AACCGAAACUCCUUCCGCCUGGCUAUAUAAAAAGCAUUGUUGGCAUCUCGGCCGGCAGUAGGAAAAUCGAAUUGACCGCGUUACCGUCACCGUCUCCGCCGUAGUCGGUCGUCAUUGAUCCUCAUCACAAUUAUCAUCGCAUUGCUCGUAAUCGUUUUAAACGAUCGGAUCAUUUGAUUGAUCGAUCGCAUGUGCGAAGGAUUGAAGCGAUGAGAAGCUCGACAAUUGCCCGCUUUCACACAAUGGCCGCCUUGGGCCUACUGCUGCUGGUGGGCGUGCACGGAGCCACGAUAAUCAGCAUCAAGUAUCCGGAGAAGCCCGCGGUGGAGCCGCAGCCGGCCAAAAGGGAUCUCAGCCUGAGCUACGCAGCCACCAACAUUGACUCAAAGGAGGGAACCCGCGUGAAGACCAUCACGGUGAUCAAAAAUGUGGGAGGCAUUUCGGCUCCAGAAGAAGCAGCGGCAUUGGGUUCCUCCAUCACAUCCAGCCACAACCACAAGCAGCAGCCAAAACUAAUUAUUGAUCCAAGUCUGCACAAGAGCGAGGAGUGGGCCACUGCUUUCAGAGACAACUUUGACUCCUACGGAGCACUGCCUGAUGUGCCCGACAUAGAUGACCUGUUCGAGUUCGUAAACCGAAAGAAGCCCGAGGCUGAGAAGAAACAGGAGGCGGUGCCCAGCCAGAAGGAGGAAAAAAAACCCAAGGAGUUGCCAAAGGCGGCGGAGGAGACCACCACCAAGAAAGCCGGAGCCAGUGAGCAAAGUGAGGGAGGGAUUAAACCCGACGGUAACAUCGAUAGCGACGAGGCUGUGGUCGAGAAGAUAAAGGGCGAUGCCGAACUGUUGCCGCACAUUAAGCAGGCCAACAUCCUGCGCCUCCAGGCGGCCCACGCCCAAGCCCGCUCGGGUGUGCGAACCAAGGAGUCCCUCAUCGCCGUUAACUACUCCACGCCCAUGCAUCAGGUGAGCCAGUACUUCGACAACUAUGUCCAGGCGGUGCCAAUUGGCUACGACUACCCAAAGCCCUGUGGCGUGCAGCCUGGGAACAGUAUCCAAGUGACCACGCCUUCGGGUCGCACCUACGACAUCCCGCAAAGCAACAGCAGCGGCACUGGCGGUGGCAACCACCCGUACUUGGCUCCGGCGCUCGCGAAGAAGACCCAGAUUCCGCCGAUCACGGUGCAGCCUCCGGUUCAGCAGCAGCAGCCUCAGCCUCCUAAUUACUCAUCCGUGAACUCGAUUGUGCCGCCUAUAGUGCAACCGCAGCCUCAGGGCAAUGCAAAUCUUCCACAGCAGCCGCAACAGCCUCCGGUGUUGACUCCUCCAAACGGAGGUAUCCUGCCGCCUCUGGGAACGGGCGGAAUCUCCACCAGCCAGCGUCCCUAUGUGGCGCCCAGGCUGCGAAACAACGGCCUGGGCAUCAGCAGGGCGCCCAGCACUCCGGGUCCGAUUCAGAUUCCCGGCCAGUCUGGCCUCGUGGGCAACAAUCCCCCACAGACCCCGAACUUCCGCACCAGCAUUUUUGGCGGUGGCCCAAAUCGUCCCAACACGUUGCGAUCACGUGGUCUGAAGUAUUGAAAACUUAAACUAGAUGUACACUCUUAGAGGCGGUCGAAAUUAUAGUUCUUAGAGGGAGAUUACAAUCAAAAUUGUCAAUCGAAUCAUUGUCAUUAUUGCGGCAUUUAUCCAUAUAUCAUUUAAAAUUAUAGGAAUAUAUUUUAAAAUUUGUUUGAUGGCCUUAAAGUAAUGUACCAAUAUAAAAUAGGGGUAUGUUUUCCAAACAAACAGCUAUUAAGACUAUUUACUGGUAAGCGCUAUAAAAACCAAUUAAUACGUUGCCUUGGCAAUGCUAAACAAAUUCGUUGUUUUAUUUUCUGUAUAUUUUGUUAGCAUGCUUUCCAACGUUGCUAUACCUAUUGUUAAUAAGUUGUAAAUAAUCUGAUUAUAUGUACAGAUCUAUUA